AUGUCUGGAGGCGACUCAACCGAAAACAUACCUGCGGGGGACUUCGACUUGCUGCUGUUUAGACGACGUCGAUUCCGAACCGCGAAGGCUUGUUAUCCGUGUCGACGGCGAAAAGUCAAAUGUGACCUUAAUCAGCCAUGCGGGACUUGCAUCAGUCGGGAGCAUCCCGAUUUGUGUGACUACACAACCAAUACUUUUGCUGGGGCGGAUCCAUCCACCUCCGAGCAGAGCCCGAAUAUCAGGGAGCAGCAACAAUCAGGGGCUGCCAAUGUGACCUUUACGGCUUCUGCCAUGGCUCAGGGGGUCUUUGUUGACCAGACGUUGCCGUACGGUACAAAGGUGCAUCUGGGCUCAGAGUCUCUACCCAGUGUCUUCUCAAUGGCAGGCCAAAAGGGAAAAGACUCUUCGUUGAAACUGUCGAUGGACCCAAAGGUAAUAUUCGAAUUGCUGUGCCUUCAAGACUCGAGCACGACGUUUCCCUUUACGAAUUUGUGGAUGCCAGGCGAUGGCAUUGAAAAAGUCUACAGUGCUUUGCCAGAAGACAAUGUUAUCUUGAGCCACUUUCGAUUAUACCAAGAAUCUCUAUUUCAUCUCGAGUCCUCGAUUGUAAACCUACGAAACUUUGAAACUUCACUCUUGGAGUUUCUUCAAAAGCGAAGAAAUACUGCCCCCGAUGCUUUCCUAGAACCCCUUUCUGUAUAUCCGAUCUCGUGGUUUGGAUUGCUAUUCGGAAUGCUGGCAUGCGGUGCCCAACUUGCUUCGAUAGAAGGGGAGCUUGAUAUUACGAAAGCAUGGGUUUUUGGCUUAGCAAUACGACUUGCCCAAGCCUUGGGCAUUCACUGCACGCCUGAUCCCAACACCAUCAGCAAUACUCAGAGAAGAGAAGAAGCCAUUAUCAAAUCAUCCAUAUGGCGAUCUCUAGUCUGGCAGGACACUCUUUCUUCCCUUUGCUACGAUCGACCGUCCGGAAUUACUGUCCUUGAAUCCAUUCCAUCGACAACCUCUUCUCCGCGAUUCUAUUCAUUCUUCGACAGUUGUCACCAUCUAUUUGUGACGGCAAACAAAAUCGGCCACUCUCAGAACCAAGCGAAAUUCUCAGGAGAGCGGCUACCCAACGAAGCGAUUCUUGAUUUCCGAAAGAUUGUCAACGUCAUUGAGACUCGAUCGGUUCCUCAUCUACAAGAUUUAUCCAAAUGCCAGUCGAAGAAUGAUUAUAUCCAACACUAUAUAUUCCGACUCUUCUCAGACUCUGUCAUGGUCUGCCUUUACAGGCCCGCCAUGACGGGCGAUGAAACACAAGACAGCGACAUAACAGAGUACUACCUAAACCGAUGCCGAUCUGCUUUACAAACAUACAUGGAGCUGCUUGAUUUGAACGGGGCUUUCCAGAGGCUUUGGUUCUUCGUUCACAUUACUUUCAGCUGCGCUCUGAUUCUGGGCCAGGCGGCCAAUACGCGAAACGUUCAUGCGGACAAGGCAUUUUUGAAGCGUUUCUUCCAUAGCGUCUCGCAGAAUCGCGCUUUUGUCAACCUUCCCGUCUACGAAAACGCCUGGAAAUUGCUGCAUGAGUUCUUAUGUGCAAACGAGCCUAGAAGGUAG